AUGGCAGCAACAGCAUCCAUCUGCUUCUCAAUCCAGGGACCAACGCCAUUAGCUUUCUCAGCGAAUUGGCGACGCAGCGACUCAUUGUCUAAGGAACUUGGCGACCCUGAGGGCUUUGUUUACCCUCUCGUCGGCAUCGGCCUCAUCGUCUCCUGCUGUGUGUUCUCUGCUCUGCUCUACCGGAGGUUCUUCGGCCCUUGUGACAUGGGCACAGGGGGCGGGGCGGCGGCGGCGUCGGCGCGGCGAGCAACGCGACCUCGCAGACGAACCCCGUGCAGCAGGUGUGCUCCAUUCCCGGGAUGCAGCCCUCGGGCACAGGCGGCGCAGCCCCGUCGAACACCCCGAAGCCGUCGCCGAAGGAGAGGAGAUCGUCCCCGAAGCGGUCGCCCAAGCCCGCCAGCCCGCCCCGCCGCCCAUCAUCAUCCACCCGGUCUCCCCCUACCCCGCCUUCGGAUGCCGCCCAUGCAUUCGCUGUCGACGCCUGCUCUGACGCCCCAGGUCCCGUCGUGCCCCCCCAGCCCCGCCCAUGAGCCCUUCGAGCCCAUGCACAGCCCGGGCUACAUGGGCUACCCGUCGCCGGCCUGGGGAGCUCCUGCAGGCUACGGCACUCCUUACCAUUACAGCCAUCAACCACAUUCAUUUUGAGAUUGGAAAAGGUCAUCGGAUUAACGUCUUCGUUGUUGUUUUUUAUGCGGGUCAUGUACUAUUUUUUUUUUUUUUUUUUUAUUGAUAUGCA